UUAGUGAGUCUCAUCAUGAGUACUCUAAAGGUGUGAAGAGAAACCAGGAGGAGAGGAUUGUUUGAGGGAGGGGCGAUGAAAGGGGAGGGCUACAGAAAACAGAUAGAGAGAGGCAGGAAGCAUGACAAACAGACUGACAGAAACAGGAGCACUUUCAAGAGGAGCACGGGAGAGGCAGAGCAGAAAAGUCUGGAUCUUCCUGACUGCCUAUAAUAAUGUGCUGUUAAGCAUUUCAAUGAUGGAUCACUGAGCUAAACUUCAGCCAUUCCUGUAUGCAUCAUGCUACCUUUGAUGGGAAUUACAAACCCCUAAAGGAAAGGAGGGCAGAGCCCAGGAUCACAGGGGAACGCUCUUUGUCUAUAGAGGAUUCAUUGUGAAGGAACUGGGGAUUAAAACGGUGGAAGAUGAAGACAAGGGAUGUGAUACAGUUUCCUGCUUCCAUUGCUUUAUGUAUUACUGUUUAAAUACAUAAUGAUGAAAGUUCUGGAUGUCCUAAAUUUCACAAUUCAUGAUCAGAUCCACCGAGUGUGCAUGAGCUACAUCUGAAAUGCUAAAAAGACAAAGCAUCCUGGAGACACUUCUACACAUCAGCUGCUUUGGUGCAACUGCAUCACCACUUAGAUUACAGGGAUCUGAAGAAAUUAGYUGAAUAAACUCAAUUAGAGCCACAACACAAACCUGUUUUUUCCUUCUAUUUUACAUUAUCUAUUCUGUCCUUUGGGUGGUCCCUAAAAUAUUAAAACAGCCACUGUUUAACCAAUUCAAUGCUUUUUAACGAAAGGACCAUCACAUUUUGUAGYGAUAGCAAGACAACUGUGAAAAACAAUCUGUACCUGGACAGUGAGAACUGGUGGAGAGGGGAAGAUUGUUUUGGCAGAGGGAUCAUUCUCAUGCAGGCAUGACACUAAAAGCAGCAGUCCAAGCACAACAAUGACAAGACUUAGCUUUUAAUGAAAGAAACCAUUGAUCCUACUGCAUUGUACUGAUGCUGCAAACUAGCCAACUAGUCCUGCAACAAAGGAUGGGUGUGUGCCAUUCUGUGUCUUGCAAACUGCUUCAGUAGAGCUAGCAAAGCUAAAAAUCACCAGGCAGCUCACUAUCUGUCAGAUUAUAUUGUUUAGUUCAUAAGGAGAAUGCUGCAAAACAAAAGUCACAACCUGGUGGAAUUAAGGGACAUGCUCCAGGUUUCUAAUGACAACUUUGAUUGAAGAGGACACUGAUGGAAAGAAUAGGCUUCCUCUUGCUGUCAGGAUAAUGCACACAACCACCGCUCUGAUCUCUGUCGCCACAAUSAGCAACAUGAUGGUGCUCGACACUCCUGACCCUUUUAACCAGGACAUGAGAUCCUCCACGUACAUGUAUCCAAUCAGCUUCCAGGUGUCGUUGACAAGUUUCCUGGUUUUGGAGAUGGUGUUGGGCCUGAGCUCAAACCUGACUGUGUUGGUCCUSUACUGUAUGAAACAUAACCUUAUCAGCUCCGUCUCCAAUAUCAUCACCGUGAARCUGCAUGUAGUGGACGUGUUGGUGUGCGUCUGCUGCAUCCCAUUAACAACUAUAGUGGUGGUCCUUUCUCCAGAGACAGACAAAGCCAUGAUCAGCUGCUUCCAUGAAGCAUUCAUCUCCUUUGCGAGUGUGGCUACCGCUGCAAACAUCCUGGCUAUCACUGUGGAUCGUUAUGACAUCUCAGUACGGCCAGCAAACCGUGUGCUAACCACGAGCCGAGCUAUGGCUCUGAUGGGAACCAUUUGGAUCUUAUCCUUUUUCAGUUUUUUGGUUCCAUUCAUGGAAGUAGGCUUCUUCAUUAGCUCCGGUUCAGACUUUGCAAAUCAGACUGUAGUAAUGACCGUUCCCGACACAAAGGAAUAUUACACAGAGCUGGGUUUGUACUAUCACCUGCUCGCUCAGAUACCUAUAUUCUUUUUUACAGUUGUGGUAAUGCUGGUGACUUACUACAAGAUUCUUCAGGCACUCAACAUACGCAUCGGAACACGAUUUCAACAUAACCUGCCUAAAAAGAAACAAAGCAAAAGUACUAUCUCUCUGACCCCAGCGACACAAGCGGAGUCAACAGAUGCUUCACAGAGCAGUACAGGGGUCAAAGGAGGUGGAAAUGCACAUUUAGGUAUUCGAGCAUCAGUAUCUGUAAUAAUUGCAUUAAGACGAGCGAUGAAGCGUCAUCGGGAAAGAAGGGAGAGGCAGAAACGAGUUUUUAGGAUGUCUCUUCUGAUCAUCUCCACUUUUCUUCUCUGCUGGACUCCAAUUACUGUGCUCAACACAAUCAUUCUCAGUACUGGACUCAGUGGGUUGACUUUUCGCCUUCGUUUGGGCUUCCUGGUGAUGGCCUAUGGGACCACUAUUUUUCAUCCACUCCUCUAUGCCUUCACAAGACAGAAGUUCCAAAAAGUUCUCAAGAGCAAGAUAAAAAAGAGGGCGGUGUCUGGGGUUGAAGCAGAACCAACACCAAACAAUGUGGUAAUUCACAACUCGUGGAUCGAUCCAAGGAGAAACAAGAAGGUUACCUUCAAGGACCUUGAAACCAGACCGCAAUGUCUGUGCUCACCAGAUGUAGAGUGACAGAUGAACUCAGGUGUAAAUAAGUCCAGUCUACACAUGGAAAGGUGAAGAAAAUGAAUCAACAAGCAGGAUUUGUUUAAUAAUGCUUGAUCAAAUAAACUGUGGAAGAAUACUGUGUACUAUAAGUUUAAACGUAUGUUAGGUUUGGGCAAUAUUGGAAAAGAAAUUAAUCACGAUUAAUUGUGGUAUUUAGCCGAUAAUGAUUAUUUUGACAAUUAAUCCCCUGGAGUCACUGUCCUA